CAGAGCCCGCCCUCCUCCUCCAGCUAUUUGUCAGCCAGCUCCGUCUACAGGCAGCCAUCCGCUCACCAUCCUGCUGCUGCGCGGAGUCCCGUGUUUUCGCUCUGAGCCCCUGCGUCGUUUUCACCGCGACUGCGAGGAUCUCCGAGGGACCGGCAAGCUAGUUGGGUCGUGUCUCUUAUUUAGGGGGGGACAUUCGGCUUUGACUUUGCGAGAUUUUGUUCUCCAAUUGCCCUUCAAGACAUAUGGAGAAAAUGGCCAGACCUCUUCCUAUAAACGCAACUUUCCUGCCGCCAACUCACGGCGUGCUGAAAUCCCUGCUGGAAAACCCGCUAAAGCUGCCUUUUCAUCACGAUGAAGGAUUCGGGAAGGACCAGGAAGAGAAGAAGCUGGACGAUGAGAGCAGCACAGCCAACCACCCGCAGUCGGCCUUCCUCGGCCCGACCCUGUGGGACAAGACGCUGCCGUACGAUGGGGACAACUUCCAGCUGGAGUACAUGGACCUGGAGGAGUUCCUGUCGGAGAACGGCAUCCCCGCCAACACAGCCCAGGGCGAGCAGGCAGCACGGAGCGCUCGGGCAUCUCCGCCUGCACUCCCCGCCACACCUUCCCCCAGCGUGGUGGACCUCAGCAGCCGCGCCACCACCGCGGUUCACACCACCAUGGCUCCUCAGACCUGCCUCCACAGCCCCGGCUCAGCAGCCCGGGACACCUCCAGCCCCAUCGACCCAGAGUCCAUCCAGGUGCCCAUCUCCUACGAGCCGGACCCCCAGGACCUGGCUCUGUCCAGCGUGCCCGGACAGGAGAUGUUCGACCCCAGGAAACGCAAAUUCUCCGCUGAGGAGCUGAAGCCGCAGCCCAUGAUCAAAAAAGCCCGCAAGGUGUUCAUCCCAGAAGACCUGAAGGACGACAGGUACUGGAUGCGGCGCAGAAAGAACAACGUGGCCGCCAAGAGGUCCCGGGACGCGCGGCGGCUGAAGGAGAACCAGAUCGCCAUCCGGGCCAGCUUCCUGGAGAAGGAGAACGGUGCCCUGCGCUGCGAGGUGGCCGAGGUCAGGAAGGAGCUGGGCCGCUGCAAGAACAUUGUGGCGAAAUACGAGGCCCGACACGGGCCCCUGUGAGGCCCCCAAAAAGAAAACAUCCCACACCCACUCAUUUCCCCGACCCGCCUUCCCUCGAGUUUAAAGGACAAUGUGUCUCUUUUGGUGGCACCCCCCCCCCCCCCCCCUCCUCCUCCCACAAACCUCCCCCAUCUUCUAUCAUAAGCUUUGAUCCUUCUUUUAGUUUCCGUACAUAUUGUUCCACUUAAUAUAUAGAACCAUAUAUUUACACACACAUACUUCCUGUUUUAUGUACUGAGCUAUGAGCCAACCCACCAGCUGAGUCCCCCUGCUACCUUUUUGAGAGUCGAUGCCAUGCUGUUUGUCGUUCACUUUCAUACCAAUUUUAUACGUGAGGUAGAGACUGAAAACUGUUCUCUCUCCCUUGUGCUUCUUCUGCUGUGGUAUAACAUGUGAUGUGUCUGAGAGCCUGCUCAGACCCCACAAAAUCUUGAGUUUUGUAUUAUAUUUUCUUCCCAUCAUCUUAUACUGUUUUCGUGCUGAUCAUGUCGUUGUUCAGUUGUCCCUCACAGCUUCUCUAACAGCUCGAUAUUAUUAACGUUCAGAAAGCACUUCCCAAAAAGAUUCCCUGUGCAUUCGUGUCGUAGAUUUUCUUUUCUUCUUUAUCCUGACACUGAGCAAUAAUUCCUUUCCAGAAGAAAACUGACAUGACUACCUAACAUGCUCCUCACCCCCCUUGCACUAAUACGUGUCUCACAAUCUGAUCCGGUUAUCUCAAAAUAAAUUCCUCCACUUCAUAUUUAUCAGCAUAAUUUUCUCUCAGAUGGAAGAUUGUUUUCGGUUAUAUAUAUUUGCAUUCUGUUUAUAUAAUUGUUAGUAUUAAUACUACUAUUGACAUUGUCGUUUAGCUCCUCCUUGUUUUCAGAUUACAGCAUGAUUUUUCUUUCAAAGAACGAUAAGCUUUUUAUUUGUUUUGGCAAAGAAAUCCCGCUUCUGCCUAACUUAGCAUGAUUUAAUAUGAGUUUGAUUUUAUUUUUUAGAAAUCAAUACAGAUGUCUCUCAUUGUAGCUCUAUGUUUGCCCUCUUUAAGGAUGGCUAUAUGAAUGUAAAAGAUGUUGACAAAAAAAAGUUGGAUGGUGUUGUCCAAUACCGUGGUUAACCCGAUCGAUUUGUUUACUGCAGACCAAAAGAUUCACAACAGAGACGAUAUAUUGGUUACAAGAGAUAAUAUGUUUAUAUGAACCUAUUCUAUAAGUUGUUCUUUUUGUACAGUAUUUUUCCUAUACAUUACUGAACUAUGUAUUUUAAAGGCACAACAGAUCCAGAAUAUUGUUAUAGAAUACAUAGCUAAAAAAAACGUAUAGUGGUAUUUUAAUAUUCUAUAUUAGCUUAAUAUGUGAUAUGUGAGAUUUGUGGAUAUUCAGCAGCACCCAAACCUCCUGGGCAUUAUUCUCAUCAUCAUCACUACAAAUAUUAUGACAACACUCCUUUUAGGCUCUUAUGUCAUAAUCCCAUUAAACUCUGAGGAAGCAGAUGCAGUCCAGAAGAGAGAAUGUACAGCAAAGCACUUUUGAAAAAUCGACAGAAAUCAGACGUGUUUGUUCAUUAUGUUUGGUGAUGUGACAUUCCCCCGACACUUAAGGACUUUUCGUCUUUACAAUGCUGAAUAUUCUUUUAGGCUUUUCUUGUUUUGUUUUUUUUAACCGCGCAGCUUGUGAGUAAUUUCUUUGUGAUUUCAUUUGACGGGUUGAAGUUACAAUGAAGGAAGGGAAGCUGGUUUAUAUCUCUGCUUUGUGUGGGAUUCGGCCGAUGCGUGUCCCUGAACCUGAGUAAUGGAUACUGGGAAGCUUUCCUUAUUUUUCUUAAAUGAAGGCUUACAGUAGAGUUUCCCUCAAGGUCUGUUGUGUUGUUGUGUAGAGCUGCAUGCUGCUUUUCGCCAAUCAGUCCAAGACUGGGGUGGAUUUGUGUUUUUCACGGCUAAUAUUGACAUUUCUGAUAGAAAGUAUGGAAGUCCAUUGCUACCAAUAUUACAGUAGGACAAAAUCAUCCAAAUUAUGAUAUUAUUUUAUUUUUCGCUAAAAGAUAAAAUAAUUAUGACCAAAAUGUAUUUGUUUGCAUUGAAUAUGAAUUCAGUUUGCAGCAGAUUAGCUUAGUUUAGCACACACUUUUAAAAAAUAGCUUAAGACAGGACAUUUCAAAUGAAAAAAACUUUUGUUAUUUAAUCUUCAAUUUAAGUGUUUAGAUAGUUAACUUUAGUCUAAGUUAUCUCAGUGGGUCUCAAAUGUUUUGGUCACCAUUAAUGUAAACAAUUAUUUCCGAGGCACAUGUUUAUAUGAUCAUUAUAGUUAUAAAAAAAUAAGAGAAUAAAUGAAAAACAGGUAUGAAAUACUAUAUGACAGUAAAACAAGAAUAACGUUUAAAAGUGUGAUUUGUAAAAUAUCCAUAAAGAAAAAGUAAAUCUGUUUACAGUUCUGUUUCAUAUUGAUUUGUAGAUAAAUAAUAAUAAAUUCCGUUUUUUUUAUUGAUUUGGUUUGUUAUUGAAUUUUUAGCAGCUAUUCAGUUUCAAACAUAAGAUUAUUUGUUUUACAUACACAUUAAGCACACAAAUGGCACAUUUAUUUAUUUAGUUUUUUGUUGUUGCAGAUCUGGGCUUCCGUAUUUUUGUUGAGAUAUCUUUACAUUUUAAAGCAUCAAUAAUUGAUCUACUUCAGGGUGAAAACUGUAUUUUAAAACAAAAUCUUUGAAAAACAAGAGUCAAUAUCGGCCCAAUGAAAACAGAUUGAAUCUCAGUCCAGACUCGAUUUAACUUUAUUGAUCCAAUCCAAAGGUGUGUGUGACAUAAAAUGGUUAUUUUUUUAACCACAAACUAUCGUCUUAGUAUUUUUGCGCUUUAGAGGGGGAUUCCCUUCCUUAUCUGCACAGGCGAGUGUGAACAGGGUUCGUAGAGAGAAAGAGCGAAGACUGGAACAAUGCCUCCUGAAUCUGUGGGGCAUCUUUUUAUGAAAUAAUAUAUAUAUAUAGGAAAAAGCCAAUAAUUAAUCCAUGUGUAUCCCAAAAGUACCUCACUGUCGAGUGAUUUCACUACCUCACCCGGAAACGUUAACCAUAAUUCUGAGUCUAUUCCAGUGCCUUGAAUACACUGACUGUUUCCCAGUCUCUCAGCAAUGUAAAGUUCUCAUCACCAAUCGGAUAGGUUCACAUCUGCACUGAAGGGCUUCUUAGUGCAUCAAAAAUAAAUUCUAUAUAUAUUCUCUACACUGACAACUCUGUUCAUUUCUUAUUUUGGACAUUGCAACAGACUUGUAACCAUUGUAUUCAUGGCAACACCAACGGACUGGUUCAAAGUGUAUAAAAACACAGACUAAAUGUGUUUUGGUCUUGAUUGUCAUGGAAUGGAUGCAUAACUUUUAUUUGUGCUGUUCAGCCUCUCUGUAAUUUGUAGUGUCUAAUAAAAUCCCAAUUCUUA